AUGGAAGGCGGACGACGGCGGUUGUGGCGGCUCAGCCGCUGGGUGAUGGCCGCUGCAUUUCAAAAAACCCAGCCUCGAUACGAGAGUCUCCGGAUAACUGGUUGCAGAUACCAGAACCGGUUAUUCUGCCGCGGCUACUCCAGCUCGCACGGAAUUGCGCCGUGGCAGCCGGAGCUUUCUCACGAUCUCGUCAACAUCAUGGAACAGAAGUUAUCCGCCAUUGAAAGCCGGCAUGCUCAUCUUCAAUCUGUUGUCAACCAGCCGGAUGCCUCGCCGGGAGAUUAUUCCAACGCGAACAAAGAGCUUAAGAAGCUCCGGCAUACAAUGGACGUGGUGGCUGAGUUGAGAAAGAUAAACAAGGAGAUCGAGGGUCUGAAAUUGGUGAUAUCUGAAGCCCAAGAUGACAAGGAAAUGCAUGAAAUGGCUUCUGAAGAGUUGGGGCAGGCGUUCGAGGAGGAGAAGCGCCUUCGCUAUCUGUUGCUCAAGUCUUUGCUUCCUAAGGAUGAUGCAGAUGAACGCGAUUGUAUCUUGGAAGUUAGAGCAGGAACCGGUGGGGAAGAAGCUUCUUUGUUUGCGAUGGACGUAUUCAAAAUGUAUGAGAAAUACUCCCAGAAGAAGGGAUGGAAAUUUGACAUUCUGGAUGUUGCGGAAUCUGAUCUUAGAGGGUACAAGGAAGCUAGUGCUGCAAUAUCUGGUGCAGAUGUGUAUGGGAAACUGAAAUUCGAAAGUGGGAUUCACAGAGUGCAGAGAGUUCCAGUGACAGAGAAAGCCGGGCGCGUUCACACAAGUGCUGUGUCUGUUGUUAUUCUUCCUCAGGCAGACCAGUUCUGUUGCAUCAAGAAUAGGCUUUUCAUUUUUCGACCAAUAAAGAUCCUUUUUCUCUGCCAGAACAAAGCCAAAGCACUUAAGAUAAUGUGUGCAAAAUUAUAUGAGAUGGAACGAACUAGGGCAGCUGCAAGUCGUUCGAGACUUAGAGCAGAGCAAAUAGGAAGUGGGGACAGAUCAGAACGCAUACGUACAUACAAUUUUCCCCAGGGUCGUGUUACAGAUCACCGUGUGGGUAUCACUACCCACUCGAUAGAUGGUAUGAUGCAAGGAGAGAGUCUCGACACUUUUAUUGAUGCUCUUCUGUUGCAGCAAGAAAUGGAUGCUAUUGCAUCUUUAACCUCUAAACAGUAA